AUGGCGAACCUGACUUUGGCUUGCUCUAGACAAGGACAGGAUUUGAAGUUCAGAUCCGAGAGCGAUAUCCGACAAGACAUCGAGGCGAGAUCCGAGACGAUCUAUACCGCUUAUGACACUCUGCACAAGAUACUGGAGCGCCACGAGGCCACUCUCGCAAAGCGAUGGUUGAAGCGAACACGCCAGCAGAGACUCAAAGUCCUGCUUGAGGCUUGGCCAGAUAUGCCGGUCGUUCAUCGCCCCGAUCUUGAUGUCUGGCGUAAAGCGUGCAACCGGAAACUAGAGAAGAGGCCGCCGUUCCGUGACUGCCUUGUGUGGCCAAAUAUCAAUCAGGAGGACCUGGUAGGCCCCAAGGCCCUAUUGUUGCUUCUCAACUCCAGAGGCCGUUAUCCACCGUCAACCUUUGCGGCGGCCGACGCGGUCGCGAUGAACUUUGGGCUGGUGAGCCAAAUGCUUGCUCCGGACUAUCUAGCGGGUAAGAGUACUUCUUACAUGGUUCUGAACGGGUUCGAUGAGAACACUCGCCAGUAUGGCGAGCUUGUCAUCUGUGAUGAUGAUAAAGGGUUCGGGCGCAAGGUACUCAAGCAAUUCACGCCGGGGCACGGCCUUCUGGUUCUAGAAGCCCAAGCGAGACUGUUGACCUUCCUUGUACAGUGCUGCCGCCAAUUGCUUCCAGAUAUUCCCGUGGACGACUUCGACGCCUUCCCCAUUCUCCCCCCACCACAAGUCAAGUCUGAGAGUGAGCUGAGCAGCUUCGAAUCUCUAAGACUGAUGGCAGCAGAAGCUCCCUAUCGUGUGCCUGCACAGCUCGACCUGAGUCGCAUCGAGUCGCUCCUUGCAGCCCGCGCCUCGGCUGCGGAAGACCACCUCUGGGCCCUGCGCGAAGACCCGGAAUAUUUUGCCAGCGCCGUCCUCGACCUGAAAGAGCAUCGCCACGGAAUGCUGAAGGAUCUGCAGGGCCGCGACCAUCCCCAUCUGAGCCACAGCCAGAAGACCGUGUUCUGGGGGCGGAUUUUGGCGCCCGUGGUUGGCAACGCCUACGUGAAUGUCGAGACCUUUGCCCAGCUAAGCCAACAAGCCCGGGCUCUGGUAUCCCUGCAGAACCAAUACGCAGCCCAGAUCUCACCAUCGCAGGAUCUACCCGAGGAGUUCCUGACCGCUUUGCUGCGGUUUCGUCACGAUCUGAAUAAAGCAAUCGCCGAUCCACUGUACAUGCUGCGAGUGACCAUCCGUUCCUCCCCGCCCUUCCGCAGACUCUUCGUGCGCCGACAUCCCCAUGAUCCGGACUUUGCACGAGGUGUUGUCGGGGCGAGACCUGGAGCCAAGCCCACAGCCGUGGAGCAGAAGUUGCUCUGGCUAAUUGAGAACAUGUUCGAUAACCAGCUGGUAUUGAGACUAGCCGGUGUGCCGUUGAUCAUAGAUGAGGUCGAACGUCUGCUCAAGAACGAGCCAGGGGCACGAGAUCUGAUUACGCCUUGGCUGGCUGCCCUCAUCGGCGAUCUCUCGAUCCUUGCGAAGUGUCUCGAGCAAUUGAUACUGUAUCAGCCAUGGGCGCGAAGCUGGGUUCACAACAGCGUGGCACGCAACUGGUUUGAGGAAGAUUACAAGAACAUGAUUCAGCCAUGGUGUCAGAUCACUGACAGGAUCGCUCAAGCGAUUCUUGAGCCGAAAGGCGCCAGCCAGGCUGCCGUUCUAGGAGACCCGUCUGCAGGGAAAUUCGUUUAUCCGAUUGAGAAGCGCCGGACCAAGGAGAACGUGGCGAUACUACGGCAGGCGGAAGCCAGAUUGGAUGCGUUCUGGAGGCUGAUUGACGAGGUCCUUUUCUCUCAAUCGCGCAGUCUGCAACGAACACCGGAAUGGGAGGAGCCCACGCCUCAGCCUCGACCGCAACCCGCAUCGCAGUCCAAGAGCGAUAGCACCAACCCGUACACCUCAUUCCUGCCCAAUUGGCUAUUCACAAGUAAUGCCGAUGACAAGAGCACAGCUCAGCGACCCAAGACCAAAGUCAAAACUCGCGGAACAGCACGGUCCGCCUCCACACAGGACCAUGACGCCGAAGCGCCCCUGGAAACCAGCGGUGCAGAGACUCAGCCAGCGUUCUCCGUGGAUGCGCGCUCCCUCAAGGUCUUUCGGAGUUUGUUCCAUGAUCCCGAGCUGACGUCGACGCUGGGCGAGGUGCGUUGGAAUGACUUUCUUUAUGCUAUGAAGUCAAUCGGCUUCGCGGGCAUCCAGCUCUACGGCUCUGUCUGGCAGUUCCAGCCCACUGGCUUCAAUCUGGAUCGAAGUAUCCAGUUCCAUGAACCGCACCCUAGCGGAAAAAUGCCAUAUAUCAUGGCUCGGCGAAUUGGCCGUCGGCUGAAUCGGGCAUACGGCUGGCAUGGGGGCAUGUUUGUCCUGGCUAAUAAACAAGGAUAG